GUGUGAAUUUCAAAAAUUCUGUGCCAUAACAUAACCUAACAUAAUUCAGCUGCUACUGCUAGUGAAUUUUGUUUCGGUGUGCAUUUAAGAAUAAUUUAAAAUGCCUUAUAAAUACAUUGGACGGAAAACUGAUUUUAAGGGGAAAACUUUAUGGGAAAUAGUUGGGAAUCUGAAAAAUUUUGGUGUUGGGCGCGUUGUAGUCAGAAGUAUGAUGGAAAGAUAUCCUGAGCCCAGUUACUUCAGAAUUUUAAAAGUAGAACCACUACAAUGUCCACAAGUUCAAAGUGUUGAUAAUCUAAGGAAAGUUCGAGUUCUUGUUGAAAAAACUUUUAGAGGAAUGACUUUUCCAAAGCCAGUCACAAUUGAAAGAGCCAGCUAUAAAACAGAUUAUCGAUUAUUAUCUAAAGACGAAGAGGAGGAAUAUUGUAAGAAGGUGCUUCCAAAAGAAGUGCAAGUGUAUCCAAACACGAUGGAUUUUCCACCAUUAUUGCAAGAAUACAUUAUUCGAGAGAAAAAAACUAAAGGUGAAGAUACUGAUGUUGAAUUAAAAUUAGAUAUUGUAUACAACAAGAAUCAUAAUAGUAACUCUGUCAGAAUAGCAAAAGAUGGUGAAAUUCCCACUGUGACAUUUGAUAUCAAUAUGCGUAAAUUACCUUCCAUAAGUCUUUAUAAAAAUGUAAAAAUGUAAAUCUGCUAUGUAUUUAUUAUUUAAAAAGCUUAUAUUUUAAUUCCAAAUAAUACUAGAAAUAUCACUCCAA